UCCCGUAUCAAUUGUCGCGAGUCUCGAGCAAAAUUUCCCAAUUUCCAGCGUGAAAAGUCCCAAAAUGGAUACGAGUCCGUGCGAAAGCGAGAGUUCAUCGUUGGAUGGCGCGUCUCAGAUGCUUCCGCCGUCACCGGUAUCGCAGCAACAACUGCAAAAACGCAUCGAAAGUCUUACACAACAGAACAAAGUUCUCAAGGUCGAGCUGGAAACGUACAAGAUCCGCGUGAAGGUGUUGCAGGAAGAAAAUCGAAGUCUUCGACAAGCCUCUGUGAUUAUCCAAGCAAAAGCCGAACAGGAGGAAGAAUACAUCUCAAAUACGCUCCUCAAGAAGAUCCAGGCGCUGAAAAAGGAGAAGGAAUCGCUCGCACAUCACUAUGAACGCGAAGAAGAGUGUCUUACGAACGAUUUGUCGCGCAAAUUGGACCAGCUGCGUCAGGAAAAGUGCGAGCUUGAGCAGACGUUGGAGCAGGAACAGGAGUGUCUCGUGAACAAACUCAUGCGAAAAAUCGAGAAACUCGAGGCAGAAACGUUGGCGAAGCAGACAAAUCUGGAGCAGUUGCGUCGCGAAAUGGUUGAACUCGAAAACACGUUGGAACAGGAGCAGGAGGCGCUCGUCAAUAAGCUGUGGAAACGCAUGGACAAGCUGGAAGCGGAAAAACGUUCCUUACAAAUUAAGCUGGAUCAGCCGAUUUCUGAUCCAACGACUCCAAAAGAAAUCCAACAAAACAAUGAAAACGGUGAUACAGCAUCUCAGUUAACGGCCCACGUGGAUGUCUUGCGUUCCGAAGUCGAAAAACUCCGUAGUCAACUGGCAAAUUCCGAGAAACAGAGUCAACAAAAGUCCCAGCAAUUUGCGCAGGAGGAAAAAUGCAUUCGCGACGAAAAUAUGCGUUUGCAACGAAAAUUGCAAAUGGAGGUUGAACGUCGCGAGGCACUUUGUCGUCAUCUCAGUGAGUCUGAAUCGUCGCUCGAAAUGGAAGAAGAACGCUUAUUCAACGAGGGAAUCUUGACAUCUAGUCGUCAACGAACAAUCAGCAGUCCAGUGCCACACAGUCCAAACAGUAGUCGUCCAUUAAGUCCCGGAGCAGGUGUAACUGGUCGAUGUUAUGCAUGCGGGCAACUCUUCGGUCGUCGUACGAGCGAACGUUUCAUCAAGCCUGCAAUCCCAAUUCCACAACUUAACACGUCAGCUCCCAUUGUGCUCAAUUCCGGCAGUAGUUCGUCGUCGGGACACCAUCACCAACACGUUGCCAAUAACGCUGCAACUCCUGCCAAUAACUUACUGACUCCCGGCAAUCCUCCGUCGCCCAUGGACACGUCAAUUUACAAAGAAUAAGCAGCUCGACUGAUGACACUCUUAAAAAAAUCCAACUUUCCCGAUAAUCCUGUUGCGAAAAAAAGGCAAAAAAAAAUCGCUUCACGAAAAAAAAAACUUAUCUGCUCUUUCAAAAAAAUAAGAAAAAAAAUUAUUUAACACAAAUUUAUAAGUGUUUACAAAUAAUUACAUUAAUGAUGGUAAAAAUCAUGAUAAAAAUAGAAUUUAAGAAUUUUUUAUAUCAACAUUGUAUGGAAUAUAAAAAUUAACACAAAACAUUAAUUAUAAUCUUCACAGCAUAUUCAUUCAAAAAAAAUUAAAAUAACCCAAUUUAUGAUAUUGCAAAAAAAAUGUACUAAAUAUUGUUACGCAAGACAAAGAAAAAAAGAGACAACUAAAGUUGUUGCAAAUAAUUAAUAAUAAAAAUUAAUUAUUAUAAAAUAUGGAUAAAAUUGGUAUGAGAUGUAAGAAUUUAUUAAAAAAAAAUAUUAAAUUUGUUUACUGUUUAUCGUCUAACGAUUAUUAUUAUACCUAAAAUUAUUACUUUAGAACCUAUGCAAAAAAAGGAAAAACUGAAUUCGAUUUCAAAAAUUGUUUAAAAAUUAUCUCAUGCAUAAAAAACACAAAACUGAUAAUGUUG